CAUUGAUGGGGGCAGGUUGAGAAGGCUUCGGAGGAAAUGCGACGAGACCUCGGGAGACAGAGAUCCCCCAAGGAGAUUCAUUCUAUUUGAGACAGAGCUCCAAAGCAUCGCGUCUUGUUCUUGCUGGGUAGGGGGGAUCGAAUUAACGUUUUUUUGUCUUUGAAUUAGUCUUCUCCACCGUCCUCUCUCACUCUGACUCGCUGCGCGCGAUGCACCCGCCUACACUACGAAGUACGGAACGGAUACCAAGCAUCAAGGCAAGCUACGCUAGCGAACCCACCGAGGCGAAUCUGGACGCCGAAGUAGAGCGGGGAAACGAUCGUGGUACUUUUCUUUUCUUCUCGGACCUCCAUUUCAAAAACUCUUUCACGCUCCUCUCCAAGCCCUUGGCCGUAGUGCUCCGGACGGAGAGGUCCAGCAGAUAUGACAUAACAGCAACAACCUCAAACCUUAGUCCCAAGAUCUGCUCGAUUCGCCUUCAUGAUUUGACAUCCGGUUGGCUCCGGCAGUCGUCUGAAGUGUAUCGGGACACAGCCGAGGGGCACAAUGUCAGCCUCCAGAGACGAGAAUGGGAUCAUGGACUGUUUCUCAGACUCGGCAGGGACUCUGGCCAUAGACAGGGGACAAGCUCAAGGGAUCGAUGGACACGCGAGUCGGAGAAAUAACACACAAGGCAGAACACAGGCCCCCAAACGUCGCACCGAGAUGGUUUGGACGCCGUGUCGUUGCUUCACCAGAAAAGCACAAACCACCAAGCACUUUUGAUGGUUUGUUUUGGCAGCGGCAGCAGCAGAUCCAUACCAUAGUGGACAGUGGAUGUAGUUGGAGUUUGCCCAUCAAGCCCCUGCCAC